AUGGCGGAGUUAGACCUGAGUCUAAGUGACGCGCUGGCAGAUGCUCCUCAGACGGGGCAGGUGGAGAACCUGGUGGAGCGGGACUUUGUGGCCCAGCUGGAGGCAGAAAACUACGACGAUCAGGUCGGGGAGACGGUAGGAAAGACAGACUACAUCCCCCUGCUGGACAACGAUGACACCAGGGCAG